AUGCCACCCAAGAAGGACACUUCCGGCGGAGAAGCCAACGAGCUUCUCGUAGGCUUCACUGACAAGGAGACUAAGCUUAUUGCCGCCGCGUUCCUGAGCUCCACCGGCCCUGACAAGUUCGACUAUGAGACCAUGGCCGCCCUCACCAAGAACACAGCUGGCUCGCUCAAGAAAAUGUGGCCUCCCGUCAAAAGAAAGGCAAUGGAGAGCCACCCAUCCUUUGCCAAGUUGCUCGGCCAGUCUAACGGCGACGCUACUGCUGCAUCUAGUACCUCUGAAGCACCAAAGCUUACCGCAGCUCCCAAGUCCAGGAAGCGCAAACCUGCAGAUGAGGCGUCUGAGGAAACCACAAAGUCCGAACCCGACAGCUCGGAGCCUGACAAGAAGCCAGCCAAGAAGAAGGCUACUACUGCUGCUGCUGCUACUGCUGCUGCGACGAAAAAGGGUCGCGGCCGUCCGAAGAAGCAGGCCAAGAUUGAGAUUACGGACGAGGAAAACUCCGCUGACGGUGGCGAUGGCCGUGGUGAGUUUACAAAGAAGAAAGCCGUACAGCGCUGGCUGCGGAGUACUGACUACGAGUAA